AUGAACCGUCCCGGUACCAGCCAUUUCUUUCCUCAUAUUUUCCCCAACACCCGUGACGUACGCCUUAAACCUGGCGACGAUUCCAUCUAUACCUUUUAUUCUGCCUUUCUGACCAUUCCCCUUAAUUUCCCCAACCUUACUUUUAAUAUGCCCGAAAAUCUUUUCAAAAUUAUUCAGAUCGCCGCUUACACCAAACUUCUCGCCAAGCGUCCCAAUCGCCUGGGUAACUUCUUUGAGUUUAGUGUCAAGCGACCCUUGGAUCAUAGUCUUAAACUUACCUUCAAGUCCCUUCGUCUGCUCCACGAUUGA